AUGUGUUUUCCAACUCAUAACCCUAAUACUAUCUCACUAACGGUGCAAGCCAACCAUGGAGUAAACUCAGAAACCCUAGCAGAGGCAGAGCUUCCUCCUACCACGCAACCAGCUUCUCCAAUCUUCAUCGUCUUCUCCAUUAAGUGUCAGGCGCAUCGUCUUCUCCAUCGUCUUCCUGGUAGCGGCAGCGACGCAACAACCAACUUUCUCUCCACCGUUGGCGUCUCAGUCGGUAUCUCUGUCAACAUCGUUGUUCGCGGUUCCCUCUCCAGCAACCAGCUUCGUCUUCAGUCAGCCGUUCCCUCUCCAGCAGCCAGCUUCCUCCAGGCUCCAGCGUCGUCUUCUCCGGUCACUCAUUCAGAGAAGAUGUAUGACUUAAAGCAAGAACUUGAGGACCAAGAAAAACUUGAAUUAAGUAACUAUUUUUAA